UCUACCAAGUAAACUAGAAAGUACCAAAGAGCACACUAAGCGACUCCAUUUUGGAAGUAACGUUACCAGAAGCGUUAGUAUUGAGCUGGUUCAAAUAUCAGACCCAACCUCUAUAAGACAACAGUUCAUCACGGCUUCCAAAUGAGUAGCCGGAAGUCUGCGGCGGCAGCCGCCGCAGCCGGGCAGGGCUCCUCUGGUGGUAAGAGGCGCGGUCGCCCACCAAAGUCACAGUCAGCCGCCAUGGAGCGGCCGAAGAGCAACUUCCAGUACCAUCUACUGAAGAAACCGAAAUAUCUCUGCAAAGACGGUGGCAACGGGGAUUCACGUUUCAGCACCCCGUCGGCAUCGCGUGCGUCGUCACCGCAGGGCAGCGAGGAGAGCCGCCCUUCCACAUCAAGACGAUCGGCUCCGGCCAAGGCACCACGCUCGGCAAAGGCCACAAAGGGACGACGAUCUGCGAGUGGACGAGGGCGAGGUGGAAACAGUCGAAAAAGUUACACCUACCACGAGUCGGAGUAUCAUUAUGGCUCGGACUUUGGCGACGACAGUGACAAAAGCGACGCCUAUGAUGAUUCCAUGCGCUCGGCCAGUGAUUCCGAAGACAGCCUUGCGAAUGAAUCCGAGUCCGAUUUUUCCAUUCAAAGUUUCAGUGUGUCGACGGGAGUUGUCUGCACAAAGGAGCCAUCUCCGGAUCCGGUGUGGCUUCAGGAACGCAAUUAUCCGCCAUUGGAGUUGCCGGCCUCGUCGGAGGAUUUGCUAGUUCCAAACAGUAUUGUUCUGAAGUGUACCUCGAUCUACGAAAUCAUCAGACGGUUCAGAAAUUUGGUACGACUUUCGCCAUUCCGGUUAGAGGACUUUGCGGCAGCGAUCAUGUGCGAAGAUCAAAGCCCACUGAUGACGGAGAUACACGUUAUGCUUCUGAAGGCUAUUCUCCGGGAGGAAGAUUCCCAACAGACUCAUUUUGCACCUUUGGAUCAGAAAGACAGUGUCAAUAUAGCGCUUUAUUUGAUAGACAAUAUUACGUGGCCAGAGGUGUUGCGGAGUUACAUUGAAAGUGAUCCUAAUUUAGAUCAAAAAGUUUUGGAGAUACUCACAGUCAACGAGUAUCCAUUUGUAUCAGCAGAAAAGCGUUUGACAGUGUUGCAAUUUUUGACGGAUCAAUUCUUGGUUACGACCACGGUUCGAGACGACAUGUUGCAAGAGGGUCCAAUCCAUUACGACGACCAUUGUCGUAUCUGUCACCGGUUGGGAGAUUUGCUGUGCUGUGAAACUUGUCCCGCUGUUUUCCAUCUGGAGUGCGUUGAUCCGCCGUUGGUGGAUGUUCCGAGCGAGGACUGGCAGUGUAAUCUGUGCAAGCUUCACAAGGUAUCUGGAGUUAUGGACUGUAUUACGGCACAAGAGAAACAAGGAAUGCUUUGCAGGCAGGAAAUGAUUGGAUAUGAUCGACAUGGCCGGAAAUAUUGGUUCAUCGGCAGGAGAAUUUUUAUAGAGACCGAAGAUUCUUCCGAGGUGUGGUAUUUCAGUACGGUCAAGCAGUUCGAAUAUUUGCUCUCAAAGUUGGAUCCUGAUGAUUUGGAAAUGCAUCUCUGCAAGGAGUUGGAUGAAAGGAAAGAUGAAAUAAUAAAACAUAUGACUCUCACCGAGACAAUAACCAAUCAGCAAAAGGGCAAUAAAAAGUCCUACAUUGAAUUGGACAAUCAGCGAUUGGAGAGGUUGUUGGAAGAAGGACAGGCAAGUAAAAAUCCCGAUGGAAAAAUGGACGUCGACGAGCUGAAGGACGGUGGCGAUAGUGAAGCAUCCAAUGAGAAGUCCAAUGAUGCACCCAACGGAGACGAGUCCUCGAGUAAGGAAGACGACGACUCUAAAGCUUCGAGUGACAAGCAUGUGACACGAUUGAAGACGGGAUCAUUGGCUCCACGGACUUUCACUGCCGAAGAUAUGAAGAGAAAGAACUCGUUAACUAAAGAGGAUGAUGAGUCACGAAUAACUCGUAACAAAUUAACUCAGAUAUCUAAUGGGACACUCCACUUCAAGUUGGGUAUGGAAAAUGGGUUCAAAGCAUACGUGAAUCAAUACUCCAUCAAUCCGAUUGCGCUGAACAAGCCCCAAAGAAAUGAAGACAGGGACAAGAAAAGACAUUUGUCGCACAAGUUCUCUCUAACCCAAGCUUCUGAGUUCAAAUGGCUCGGCGGAGGAAUGAAUAGCACACAAACGCAAAUUAUUUCGACGAUUAAACAGAGCAUCAUCGCGUUAGAGCAGGCAGUCGCUUCGCCUUACCUUCACCAAAACUGGACAAAGUUAAGAAAAAUUUGGAUUGGCGCUAUUAGCGCUUGUACCAAAGCAAAAGAUUUUGCUCGAAUCCUGUGUAUUCUGCAGUCCUGCAUGAGGAGUGUAAUAUUUGCUGGUGUGUGGCACGAACAACUUGGUCACACUAAAAUGUACAAAAUAACGUCGGCCGAGCGAGAAGAAAAAAAGAAACUUGAAAAACGGGAGAAGCGAGAACGAGAUGAUGAAGAAGAGCGCAACCGAAGCACGUUUAAUUUCGUCAAGUAUUCGCUCGGGCUCAGGCAUCAGGUUUGGAAGCAGAAGGGAGAAGAAUAUCGUAUACAUGGACAGUGGGAUUGGGUCUGGAUGUCCUUCAGUCGAAGAAAAGUCAAGAAAAUUGGCCGAGAAACAAAUGAUUUGAGUCACGUUUUGUUACCGAUUGUGGCUGAAGUGCACAAGAAGCUUCUGAAAAUUGACGCCAAAACGCAUGAGGCGUACCAACUCGUACGCAAUGGAAGCACAGAUCUUGACUUCUUAACCGGAAAUGAAGCAUUGGAUAGUCGGUUAGAGGACAAAUUCAAUCAGACGGAAACAUUCCAUGUCCCAGAAACGUACGAUCAAAUCGACAUUUGUAAGGCACUUUCUACACCAGGCGGCCGAAUUUUGUAUCCCAAGAUCGCCAAGACUGCUUCAGUACUGGACGGAUUACUUCAACGACGAGUUGAUCUAAAAGAAGCGGAAGAGCAAAAAUUCGCCAAAGUGAAGGAUGAUGACGACAUCGAAGUGAAUGUGAUUCACAAGCCGGAAACAGUCCAAACACGGCCAGGCGAAUGCGUAGAAAAACAACUGCAAACCAUCAUAAACAGUCGUCACAAUUCCAACACAAGGAAUCAAUUGCCAGUCAAUAGACAAACGAUUCGACUGAACGGUGAACAGUUAGAAUCUUUGAUUGAAAAAAUCCUUCCUCUACGUUCCAAAUACCAAAAAGUAAAUGCUCUGGUCCAGCAGAGCAAGUGCUACUCGGUAGAUUGCGAAAAUGGUCAAUGUUAUUCGCCUUUAUGCUUGCAAAAACAAUCCAUCAAAGAUGAACUGUCGCCGCUUCUGAAGCGCGCUCAAGCACUGCAAUCCACUCCAAUGGCCACCCCAACGGCUGGUGUAAAGUCAAUCCUUGAGCAGAAGCUGACCGAGAACAAAGCGGAAAAUUUCGACUCCAUGUUGGCCAACUUUACGAUGACCCGGUAUCGCUCGAUUCUCGAUGAUUGGGACUGUGCUCAUCAGCAUCUGAUUGAAUAUGACGAACAACUUGUUCAAACUAUGGCGGCUCCCAAAAUGCCAGACGAACACAACAACAACAUAACGAAUGAGGUUGAAAUCAAGACCGAGGACGCUCCCGAUAUGGUCGUAAAGGAAGAAAUUGUCAGCACGGAAGGUGAGCCGGAUUUAAAUGUCUCGGAAAAGGUGGAUGAUAGUUUGAAGCUGAACGAGAACUCCAAUUCCAUCUCGGAAAAUUCGUGCGAUGAACCACGCUCCACCCGUCGGGGACGGUCGCGAAAUAGCAAAAACAACUCAAUAGUUGUUGAAGAAGCUGAGGUCAAGGUUAAAGAAGAGGAAGUGAUUGUUUUACCAAAGAAGGAACACAAACCAAAUCGCCGAUUUGCUCUGCCAUCCCGUUGCGUAAAGAAGGAAGAACCAGAAGAGCAAGAGCUUGCAUCCGAUGGCAGUCCGCGGAUUUAUUCCGCCAGUGCUACCAAAGGAAAGAUUUAUCUUCGUAAAGCCCUGGUGCCCGAAGGAAAAGAUGAGAAGGUUAAAAGUGAAAGUAAAUCGACUGUUGUCGGUCCGGUAAAACCAAAAUAUCCUGCGGUCAAUUACUUCUGGACGCGCAAACAAACUACCUCGAUUAUGGUUCUGCCCACACAUGAGCUGCUCAAGUUGGCCCGCAACGGAGGUCGCUUGGCAGUGGCAGGUUUCCACCAUGUAGCCAAGAACAACAACUCCGUGUGGCCUUAUCCGUGUGCGAGACCAUUGUUCAAAACAUGUUGGCUGUAUCGCACGCUCAAUUUGAGCACGUUGUCUGCUGUUGGUCUGCAGUUGCGCAUCCUAUGGACAUGCCUGCGGUGGGACGACAUGGCCAUGAAACCGGCCACAAGCGACGGGAAACAUCAGGUAACAACCGAGUCAGAGAUUAUGUCACUGGAAAUUCUCAAACAUCGGUACGCGGGAAUCUUCAACGAGAGAAUGCAAUACUUGCGUCGAAAGGUAGUCAUUCCACUGGAGCUUCCAAAGACUGUUCGUGAGGUGCAAUCCAUCCGUUCGGGCUUACGAAAGCGAAAACGCGCCGAAUCUCCACAGCAAACCGAACCGCAGGUCAGCGAAGAGUGGAUCGAUGAAGACAAGCUAGAGCUGUGGGAAAUCAAGCUAUACGGAGAAAAGCAAGAGAAAAUUGCUGCGGCACAAGCCCAACAUGUCACCCGCACCAGUACCGGGAAGCUUCCUGUUACUCGUCCGACACCUACAUCGUCUGGCGAAUCAUCCAAUUCGUCGACUCCUACCAACAACGGCAGUGUUAGCAGCAACAAUGCCUCAUCGGGUAACAUCCAAAACAAAUCAGCGGUCAUUUCCAGUAAAGCCUCUCGAGAGGAGAUCACGGAAAAAAUGGAACAACAACUCCGGAUACAACGAGCAGCUCACAAUCAGAAACGUGCGAUGGAACUCAAACAAGGCCAAUCGACGGAUGGUGCCACCCCUCCCAAGCAAACAAUCGUUCAGCGACGAAUAAUCGUCAAAAAUGCUGACGGCACAACAAAAGUUAUUCAGCAAAAUAUCACCCAACCGGCUCGAGCUUCUCCAACCCCAGCACCAUCGGCGACUCCCAGUCCCCAACAAUCUAAGGCUCAGCAAGCAGCUACCCCUCCGGCGAAACCCGACGGUCCGCAAAAAGUUCAAAUCAUUCGGGGCCCAGAUGGAAAAGUUAGCGUACGUGGUCUGAACCCGGGACAGCAGCUGAUUCAGACCGCCGACGGAAAACUGCAUGUUCUCAGCGCAGCACCUGGAGCAAACCCCGCUAGCAAACAAACCAUAGCCGCGAAGGUCGGUCAGAAAAUCAUCACCAAGGUGGCUGCUGGCGCUAGUCCUGUUGCAAGUGGUUCCGCCGCUUCCAGCAGCAACGUGGCGCCCAGCACAGCAGCCGCCUCGGUGACGGUGACGCCUCCCGCGAUCACUCAGCCCCAACCGCAGCAAAUUCAGGUGCAACAGCAGCAAGUCCAAGUACAACAACAACAGCCGCAGCAGCAAGCUGCCCCUGUGGUGGUUAGCUCCCCUGCGGUGGUAACUCAGCAAGUUGUAAAUAAAUCGCCUAGCAUUGUGGUUCGAAAUCAGGCCGGUCAGCCAAUCAAACAGAUUAUUCAGAAGCAAGUGGUUCAGAAGGUGCAAGCGACCAGUACGACACCGCAACAGCCGGUUACGCCGCAGAAGAUAAUCAUCAACAAUCAGCAGGGAACAGUGCAGAAAAUUAUCACCUCAAGUGGACAGCUGAUAACCACAACAGGAAGUCCCGUUCAGAAAGUGGUUACACAAUCCAAUUUACAGCAACUGCUGCAAAACGCUGGGCAAAAAGUCGUGGUUGAAUCGAACUCUGGUCAAAGUCCGGUGCAGACGCAGAAGGUUCUGGUCGCCACAACUCCCACCGGCCAGCCCGUGCAGAAACAGAUACUAAUCCAGAACGCUACAUCUCCCCAGCAGAUUAUUAUCAACCAAGCCGGUGGGCAAAAGGUAGUUCAACAGAUCGUUGCCUCACCAGGUCAACAGAUCAUGAUCGGUGGCCAACGGAUUAUGAUAGGUGGUGGCCAAAAGAUUAUCAGCAAUCAACCCAUUCAAAUCCAGCAGAACCAACCGAUCCAACAGAUACAGCCAAUCCAACAGGUACAACCGAAAGUACAGCAAGUGCAUCAAAUCGUUACCUCCUCGCCACAGCCUCAGCAACCCCAGCAGAUUCAGAUACAGAUACAGCAACCUGUUGCUACACAAUCAACCCCGCAGCCACAGGUUCAAACUAUUCAAGCGCAAUCGUCUCCUCUCUCCCAAGGCCAAAGCCUAACACAACAGCUGUCCAGUGGCAAGCUCCAACUGGCCAACUUCAAUGGUCAGCAAGUGCUGAUACGGCCCUUGGGUAAUAAUCAGGCACAGGUUGUUGCCCACAUUAAAACACAACCCAACGGAACCGCGCAAAUCAUUCCUUUGGCAAAUGCGGUCGAUCCUCCCGCUGCACCAGUUCAAGCUCAGCCAAUGCAACAAGUCAUGCAAGCCGCUCCGGUGCAACAAACGACCAUCCAGCAGGUUGUACAGCAGCCAAUAGCACAAACCACGGUCGUCCAGCAAGCAUUCAACGCAUCAGGAACAUCUCAAACUACGUUCCAGCAGCUUGCCGCCGCGACUCAACAGCAGCAACAGGCACUGGAUCCGGUGGAGCAGACCUUACUGCAAGGCCAACCGCCAGGAACGGUCAUCAAAUGCGUCACUGCCCAGGUGAUACAGACUCAGCAGGGCCCGCGAAUAGUGCUGCAAGGUUUGCAAGGUUCCGAAUUUACCCCUGCGCAGUCCGCCCUAGUGCAGCAACAGGUCAAACAACAGCUGCUCAAAGCCCAGGAAUCUAACGGUAAGCAGGGUGUUCUCGGACCGACGAAAAUCUACUUGGCCAUUCAGCCGUCCCAGCAGCAGGCCGUGGUAGCCCAGCCGCCGCCAUUGGCCCCGGUACAGAUUAAACACGACGGUGGCACAACCCAUAUCCAGCUGCACCAGCAAGCCGAUUCAACGGUUACAACGACAACGCCAACCAUGGAGGAUUCAGAACUUCCUGUUUCGGGUUCACUAACAACUACCAUAAAAACGGCAGCCAGCACCAGCAGUAAUGAUAGCAAGCCCCAAAUCUUGUCCAACAUUGUUAUCAACGGAAGUAACAAUUCGGCCAUUAAUCCGAUGGUUAAGAAAGAGUUGCAGAAAGUUCUCGCAAGUAACCUGAGUAAGCAAAAUGUGAUACGGAUACAACCGCAGCAGCUGCUACCAUGCCCGCAAGCACAACCGAUGCAUGUGGAGGAGCAACAAUCGGAGCAGCCGAACCAACCACUGACAGAGGAAGCUGAAACCGUGAAGGACGAAAAUGUGCCAGAAGGGGAUCCUAAAAUAAUCGACGGAAAGGAUGACUCGUUUGUCUUGACGCCGGAUUACAUUCAACAAACAAUCAAGAACGCCUUGAAGCAAGAGAACCUUAACCCAGAAAUAGAGGAAAAAUUGCUUAACCUGCAGCGGUAUCAAGAAAAGCAAAUGAAAACGGAUGAUCGAUCGGCAGCCAUCGCCCUUCAGCACAAUUACAGCAACUUGAGUUCGAACAGAGAACAUCAUCACAGCACACCAGUCAAGUCAAAGAAGCGACCCCACCGUGGCGAGGACGAUGAUGAUGAAUGGAUGAUGGAUACACCGAAGCGACGACCGACCAAAUCCGGUGGUAGCUCUCUUAGUUCUGUCGAGCGAAAAGUUCACCAGGGUGCUUCCAGGGAUGGUGAUGCACCCAGUUCCGCUAAGAAGCGGACGAUCUCUCAAAAUGAUUCUACGGCGGCAGCUGCUGCUGCAGCAGCUGCGGCAGUGUUAGCUUCUGUUAGUGCUGAGUGUGCGGCGGCGAAGGAGAUGUCAGUUCCGCUGGAAAGCACGGCUACUCCUAUUCCCAAUGCUCGCUCGGAAGCUGCUCGCAGGAGCAACGAGAAGCGCAAACAGCAGCAAGCUUUGUUGCAGCAACAACAGCGGCAGAACAAGUUGCAGGCUCAACUGAACCGCCACAAAGAACAACUGAAGAAAGACAUUCUCAAGAAGCGAUCUCAUCUCGAACGGGAAUUACAGGUACAAAUUCAGAAGGAGCUGUCCGCUGAACUGGCGGCAAGGUGCAAAUCGGAACAGCAACAGGCUAAGCAGGAACACAGUGGGAAGCAGCAUUCGGCGGCGGCGACUGCAUCGACGCCCGCCGAGAAAGGUGCCCAAAGUAAGAAGAGAUCAUCGGCAUCCGCCUCGAAGGAGAAUCAGAAAACAACAGCAAAGCAUGCACAAGGCUCAAGCAAGGCCGAAAAGCCGUCCAAAUCGAGCGCCAAGAAAGGAUCCAGAAAGAAAGAGAAAAUUUUAUGCCUCUGUCGAACACCGUACGACGACACCAAGUUCUACGUUGGUUGUGACCUGUGUCAUAAUUGGUUCCACGGGGACUGCGUGGGAAUCUCCGAAGAGCAGUCGAAGGAGAUUGACGAGUUCGUGUGUAGUGAGUGCAAGCACGCUCGGGAGACACAAGAAUUGUAUUGUCUAUGCAAGCAACCGUACGACGAAUCCCAAUUCUACAUAUGCUGUGAUAAAUGCCAGGACUGGUUCCACGGGCGUUGCGUGGGAAUCCUGCAGAGUGAAGCAGAGUACAUUGAUGAGUACAUUUGCCCCAACUGUCAGAUCAACAAUUCGGUCAAUUUUGCUAACAUGAAAUCGUUGAGUGUAAAAGAGUUUGACAAUUUGAAAAAGUUGAUCAAGCAAAUCCAGCAUCAUAAAAGCGCAUGGCCUUUCAUGGAGCCGGUUGAUCCGGACGAAGCACCUGACUAUUAUCGUGUAAUCAAGGAACCGAUGGAUCUCCAAAAAGUGGAAAAUAAAGUGAAUAGCAAAACCUACAACACCCUGUCGGAGUUUAUCGGUGAUAUGACCAAAAUAUUCGACAACUGCCGAUACUACAAUCCAAAAGAGUCGCAGUUCUACCGGUGUGCCGAGAGUUUAGAGUCGUUCUUUGUGCAAAAGAUAAAGUUUUUCCGGGAAAAUUUGGUGGAGAAGAAAUCGGCCGGAACGAGUUCUACGUCGACCACGGUGUAGGAAGAUAAAGGAAGCGAUAGGUUGGAAUUCGGCUUUUUCCAAGCACAAUAAAGUUUGAAGGUUUUUCUUUUCUAUUUGAUUUAUCAUUGUACCUUUGUAACUAUUCCACACACUGAGGCAAUACAUAGCAAACCGUAUAGAUUUCCUAAGUAGGUAUCAGUUUUUUCAUCUUAAUCUCUAUUUAUAGUUCUAGAUGGAUAUAUUUUUAGAAUUAAAUCAAACAAGUUUCUGUAGAGCCGUUCACGAAUUUCAACUGUACAUAAGCAAUGCUAUUGUGAAAUAUAAUCGAGCUAUGAAUUAUAAUCCCAACCGUCAUCGGGGAAUCCCUGUUCCUUGCUGAUGGAGGUGUGUAUAUAAAUUCAUUGGAAAUAAAAUGUACAGUUCUCCAAAUGCCUUCUCCAAACACACGACAAAUAUUCACACUCUUUCAUUGGAAUGGAAUGCAGAUAAAUUGUUAUCACUUUCUUCAUAUUAUGUUUGACUUAGUGCUACAUGUAUCUAUGCUUUUCCUCCAAAAAAUGUAAAUACUAGAUUAUAAAAAUUGAUUGUUGUUAAAAGUUGUUGAAGAAAUAACACUUAUUUAGAAAAGUGCACAUUUUUAUCAGUCAAUGAAUUCUCUCACGCAUGUUUUUAAUCACUGAUAGUUCAGAACUGUGAAAGUACAAGAUAUUUUGUACAUUUUUCCUGUUUUAACCAUUCGAAAUUUGUAUAUGGGAUGAAGGGGUUUUCUUGUGUUUAGGCUUGUAUUGCGAUAUUUUCGAUUUUGUAACAUAAGAUCUUCACUAGUGUCGUAAGUGUAGUUAUUAUAGGAAUAGGAAAUCGUAGUCUCGCGGUAUGCUCUUAUUGUAAAUGGGAGCAUACACGCUAUAAGAAACUAGCUGUACUAAAAGUUAUAAUUAUAAGCAAAAAUACAAAAUACAUUUUUUAUUGUAUACAUAUUUGCAGAAAUAAAAUAAAUUUAUUUUCAAAAAGUA